AUGCACGCCAACCAACAAGACGUCUCAGGAUCAACUCAGGACAGCUUCAUGUAUGGAGAAGACAUGCACUUCCGGCGUUCAGUCGAAGGCGGCGACCUGUGUGCAAUUUACGUCCAUGCUGGAGCGGGCUAUCAUAGCACAAAUAACGAGAAAAAUCACCUUAAGGCUUGUAAUGAUGCAGCCAAGGUAGCCAUGACCAUUCUAAAGAAUGGAGGCGACGCUAUUGAGGCCGUUGAAAUGGCUAUACGACUCCUAGAAGAUCGAGACAUCACCAAUGCCGGUUAUGGUAGCAAUUUGACCAUGGACGGCACGGUCGAAUGCGACGCUUGUAUCGUCGACCAUUACGGCAGAAGUGGUGCAGUCGGAGCCAUCACUCAAGUCAGAAACCCGAUUGUCGUUGCUCGCUUAGUACUCGAUGCCAGCAUAUUACCUUUGUCACUUUCCAGAGUUCCUCCAAACUUCCUGGUUGGUGAUGGAGCCGUCGAUUUCGCCGAAUCGCACGGUGUCAACAUAUUGCCUAAAGACUUCCUAAUUUCCGAAGCAGCUCGACAUCGAUGGCAGACAUGGAGAAGAGAUUUGACGAAAGCUGAAGCCGAAGAACGUAAGCAAACUGAAAAGGCGAGUGUUUCCAACCAAAGAUCCUUCCACUCCGCUCCAGCUACACCAGCUCUAGCGACAACAAAAACAAUGAGUCAGCCGGUCACGCCAACGAAUGGUGAUCAGCCUGAGUCAAGACGCCAUGUUGUAUCAAAACACGCCGUGGCCGAUGGUCCUUCAAUGAGGUUCUCGAAAGAGCUCAACGCGUAUUUUGAGGAUGAUGGUGCAGGUACAGACGACCAUCUGGCUGCCAUGGCCCAAGCACGUAAGCGACCAAGAACGGAUGGCUCGACAUAUGAUGAAGAGGCUGACGCCAUCUUCGAUCCGGAUAUGAACGCCCUUAGCCCACAUCAAAGAGUGUACCGACCUCCUUCCGAAGACCAGGCACAUGGACCUCGUCAAUCCCAGACCGAACCUGAUGACCACAUAACUGAUACAGUAGGUGCUAUAGCGAUUGACUGCUUCGGCCGUAUCGCUGCUGGCUCCUCUUCCGGAGGAAUUGGUAUGAAGCACAAAGGACGCUGUGGACCUGCUGCGUUAGUCGGUACUAGUACUGCCGUCAUACCAGCCGAUCCAGACGAUCCUGAUGAGCAAAGCGUGGCAACCGUAACAAGCGGAACUGGCGAACAUAUGGCCACAACAGCUGCCGCUCAGACAGCCGCAGAUCGGAUACUCUCUUGUACAAGGAGAUCACAAGGCCAGCUCGAAACAUGCACAGAAGACGAGGCCUUGUACUCGAUGAUCAAGAACGACUUUAUGAAGCAUCCUGGUGUUCAGAACAGUCCUUGCCAAGGCGCGAUUGGUAUACUCGCAGUCAAGAAGACCAAGCACGGCAUCUACUUCUACUUCGGUCACAACACAGACUCUUUCGCCUUGGCAUCGAUGCAUUCCGACGAGCGGAAGCCGGUGUGCGUGAUGUCGCGCAGCCGUCAAAGCGGCCUCAUCGCUCAAGGCGCGCGUAAAUGCAGAGCUCGGAGAGCCAGCAAGGAUUGA